GUUCUAUUUUCAGCCACACCCACAAAAAGGGUCCAAAUUGACCCGGCUUUGUUUGGAUAACAAAUACAACAUAGUUUCCUAACUGCAUUUCUAGUGGCAUGGCAUCGGGUGCCCGCACCGAACGGAUAUAGUAAUUGCGUCAUAUGGGUCCGGAAUGUAGCAAAGUCGGAGUUCACGGAGUGGUCGUUACUAAUGUACGAUGCGGGACCAAGGGAUACUUCCCCUAUUUAAGAUCUCGAGUGUUAGAACUAUACUUGAUUUAAUUCAAACUUCGAAUCUAUAACACGUUAGACUGAAUAAAUUCAACAUCUCAAUUCACAUAACAAUGGCAUCUCUUCACAACGUUCUUCUACUCGGUGGUAGCGGAAAGAUCGCACAAUUGCUUACCCCCUUGCUUCUCCAGCGUUCGUGGAACGUUACUAGCAUCAUCCGCGAUCCAGCACAGGUCGCAAAUCUACAGAAAUUGGGAGAAGGCCAAAGUGGGAAAUUGAAUGUCCUUGUGCGAAGUCUAGAGGAUGUUACUAGUGAUGCUCAAGCCAAGAGCAUCAUCGAUGAGGUGAAGCCGGAUUAUGUUGUCUGGAGCGCUGGUGCUGGUGGAAAAGGGGCGCCGGAGAGGACGUUCAAGAUUGACCGUGACGCGGCAUCUCAUUUCAUCCGCGCCUCCGUGGCAACCCCCACAGUCACUAAAUUCGUCCUAGUAUCCUUCCUAUGUUCUCGCCUCAAGAAGCCGUCAUGGUGGACCGAAGAGGUCUGGCAAUAUAGUCAGGAUACCGUGAAGAAGAACCUUCUGAAGUAUUACGAGGCCAAGAUAGCGGCCGACCAGGUAUUAUACGAAGAGUCGAAGAAGAGGCCCGACUUCGCGGGCAUUGAUCUCCGCCCAGGCACAUUGACGCUAGAGCCGGCGGGUAACGUUAGUCUCGGAAAACUGCCUGUGUCUAGGGGAAACUCGAGUCGUGCAGGUGUUGCGAAUCUGAUUGCUUUGCUAUUGGAUACUCCCGGUGUCAAGAGCAGCUGGCUUGAUACAAUUGAUGGUGAUGAGGAUCCGGAGGCGGCAGUCAAGAGAGUCAUCGAGGAGGGUGUAGAUGCUGCCGAAGGAGAGCCGUUCUACUAAAUCAUGUCGAUAUUGGUCUGAAAAGGGGGAAGGCAUGGCGGGAAAAUGACUGGCAAAUCAAUACUAUCAAAAAUAAUGUGAGGAUGGAAGGUAAAGCCUUUAUGUUAAAGUAAUGGGCGAUAAAUUGAACGAAUCUAAUAAAAUAUUCAUUGUCUUUUACAGGCGGGUGUGGGAGCCUGGCGGACUAUAAUGCUCUCUAUAAUAAUUGAACAUAGCCCUGGAGGGCACUUUGAA